CAAGUGCGACUUUUUUGACAGAUGAUUAACGACAAGACAACUUGUCGUACGAAGAUAAGUUUUUAAGUUAUUGAACAAAAUUGUAAUUAAAACAUGAUAAUUUCGACUCCAUUAUCAUUCUAGUCAAUAUAUCUUUGACAGUAUUAACGGAAAGGUUUCGUUUCUCACAUAAAACAUUUGUACCUGCUCGAGGUUAAAUACCAAUAGUUAAGUACACGUAUGCAACGUUAGCUGUGGUCAAAUUUGUGUGAUUUUUAUGUGAAUAAAACUGAAAUGACGUGACGUGAACUUUCGGCAAGUUACUAAGACAAUAUGUUGCCCCUCACGCAAAAGGACACGCGGGCUUCGCGCGGUCUUUUCUCCGGCCUCAAAGAGAAGUUUCAAAACUGGCUACGACUGAUCUAUUCUGAUAAAAAUUCAAGGAAUUUAUUCCUCUUCCUGAUUCUUAACUUGUCGUUUGCAUUUGUCGAACUUUUUUACGGAGUAUGGACAAACAGUUUAGGUUUAAUAUCAGAUGCAUUCCACAUGUUCUUCGACUGCACGGGCCUGGUGGCCGGGCUGGCCGCGUCGCUCGUGUCCAAAUGGCGCGCGAACGAACGAUUCUCACUCACAGGAUACUCCAGGGCUGAGGUGUUGGCAGGAUUCGUGAAUGGACUGUUGUUGUUCAUCGCGUUCUUCAUCAUGAGCGAGGCUGUUGAAAGGGCUAUUGAGCCUCCUGAGGUGAAACACGAGCGACUCCUAGUGGUGUCGAUCCUUGGGUUCCUGGUGAACCUGGUGGGCAUAUACGCGUUCCACCACGGGCACGGGCACGGUCACGGCGGGCACGGCCACUCGCACGGCGGGCACGGCCACUCCCACAACCACCACGGCCACUCGCACGACGACGAUGCCCCCACCGGCGCCGGCUCCGCCAUCAUGCGCGGCGUGUUCCUCCACGUCCUGGCCGACACGCUGGGAUCAGUGGGUGUGAUAGUGUCCGCCAUACUAAUGCAGAUGUUCGGCUGGAUGCGCGCCGACCCCAUCUGCUCCAUGGCCAUCGCGUUGUUAAUCGCCGGCAGUGUGUUACCUUUAGUGCGCGACUCAGCUGGCGUGCUGAUGCAACGGACUCCCACCUCGAUAGAACGCGCGCUGCCCAACUUGUACACGCGGGUGGUGGGGCUGGCGGGCGUGCACGCGGUGCAGGAGCCCCACUUCUGGACGCUGUGCAGUGACGUCCACGUCGGCGCCAUCAAGCUGGAGGUGGCGCGGGAAGUGGACCCGCGCUACGUCACGGAACAAACCGCCAGGAUCUUCAGGGAGGCGGGCGUCAAGCAUCUCACGGUGCAACUUGACUACUCCCCGCUCUGAUGGUAUGAGAUUGUAGGAUCACAAAUGUACAGAGGUCCCGAUGGGCCGUUAUGUAUAUAAGGAAAUCUAAGUUAAUGUACGAGUAAACUUGGUGCAAUUACGUGUAAUAGUAUGAUUUUUGAUGUGAAUAAAUUUAUUUGUCCGUAGAACAUUAGUUGUGUUGUGGGCGUCUGAUGUGGCAACAUUUAUAUGUUCUAUACUUUUUAUAUAUCCCUUUACUUCCACAUUCCGCUCUUUUUUAUUAAUGUUUUGGUAUGUUUCCUGUUUUCGUACCAAGUUCAAAGCAAAAAUGCUAUUAAUAUGUAAAUUGCUUUUAACAGCUCCUGUUCGUAUUAUUGCAAUUUAACCAAAACAGUUAACAUUUCUUAAAUGUCAAAAUAACAAAUCAUUGUAUUCUCUCAUUUGGUGUCAUUUUAAAUGAGUAUUUUCUAUAGCACUAGCAUACAGUGGUGGUAAACAUUUUGGCCAAUAUUUCUCUAUCGGCUUUCAACACAUAAAAAUUGAUUUAAUUUCGUCCACUCUUAACUGCUUAUUUAUGUCGAAAUAAAAUAAUACAUAAUAAAAUUUUUAUAAUUUAAAAGAAUAAAAUACCAAGUCUUGUAUGCCAUAUCUAUAGAAAAUGACUGUUAAUUGUUCCCAAUCUAUGGUAUUACUGUACAAACAUGAAAGUGCAUAAUUUAUGAUUAGUUUCUAAACGAAUUGAAUGCAUUUUUUAGUCGAAUUAGAUGGUUGUUUUUGUUACUGGGGGUAAUAUUUAUUAACGCCUGGCGUUGAGUUUAAUAUUGACCUAGAGAUUUACAGUCUUACUUAUAAAAAUUCGCAAAGAUAUGCUUAGUUAAAACGCAAAUUUACUCGAUCAGCUGUUAGUCAAAACCCGCCAUCUUGCCUUCUAACAAGGUUUAAACUAGGAACCGGUGAUGUUUUUGACAGCUAUUUAAGCAAUUCUUAAUCACCUCUCAACGCUAAAACAACUUUAUAAGUAAGACUGUUAGUGUCAAUUAAGACUUAAAUAAAAUGGCUCUCAACAUUUCUUGGUUAGUGCAGACGAAGGGCCGAUAAAGAAAUUAAACGAUAGUUGAAUUGGCCUUUAAUUCUUGCAUAUAGAGCCGAUUUUAGAAUGUCAAAGCGCAGACGACAUGUAGUAAAAUUAUUAAUGAGCCGUAUGAACAAGAAAAUAUAGUUCAAUUUCAAUUAUUGUUAGUCUACGCCGCAAGUCUGCGCUGACGAUAUAAUGUUUAGUAAACGUCCAAAUUUUUAUAAUUAUUUUAAAAUUAAAUAGUAAAUUAAUAUAAAUUUUUUGUUGAAAUCUAAGCAUUCUUUGGAAUAUUAUUUUUAAAAUUACAUGCAACAUAAUUAUGAAUUUUGUAAUCUAUUAUUCUAACCGUUUAGCAUUGAUUUUAUAUAUACAUGUAUGUAUAAACGUGAUAAGCAUUCUGAAGAAUGUAAUUGGAAAUAAAUUUUACACUUAAUAAAAAAAUUAGUUACCGAA